AUGGAUGAUAACCAAUUUUUAGGAAGUAGGUCAAAUUUAAACUACACGUGCCCAUACCUCGCCAAACGGGCCGGCCCGGCACGGCACGGCCCGACCCGCCGUAAUCGUGCCACGCAAGGCACGGCCCGCCUGGCCCGAUUAAUAUACGACCCAAGUCGUGCCGGCCCGCGUGCCAGCCUCCCACGCCCAAGCAAACAAAAAUCAGCCCCCUUCCUUUCCCGCGCUCCCACCUCCCUUUCCCGCCCUCCGCUUCCUUUUUCGCGCGCCCCUUCCGCCCAAUCGCUCCCGCUGACGGCUGACCGCGCCCCGCUCCUUUUUCGCGCGCCCCCUCCCGCGGUCCCGCUCCUGCCCAGUCGCUCCCGCUGGCUUUUUCACGCGCCCCUCCCGCGGUCCCGCUCCCACCCAGUCGCCCCCGCUGGCUUUUUCGCGCACCAGAUCUAUCGGUCGCCUCGCCGCCUCCUAAUCGUGUUGUGUCGGGCUGGCACGCGGGCUGGGGGUCAGGACCCAGGCACGGCCCAUGGCGUGCUCGUGCCUGGCCUGGGCACGAUUAGUCCGUGCCGGGCCCGGCCCGUGUCGUGCCUGGCCUGCGGGCAGUCGGGCCGGCCCGGCCGGCACUGCCCGUUUGGCCAGGCUAGAAGCAUGGUAGUGGAUAUCUUAGAAUUUGGCCCUAAAACCCAAAUGGAGGAAGUAGCUCGUUUUUUUUUUGUCGUUAUAGGAUUUGCCAUGCCAAGGAGGGGUAGGCGGACGGGUGUCGCUUAUGUCCAUGAUGACAAAGAGCGUGAUGUCACCUUCUUCAAGCGGCGCCGCGGUUUCUUCAAGAGCGCUUCUGACCUCAAUGCCAUCACUGGUGCUAGGGUUGCUGUCAUCCUGGAGACAGGAAAUAAGAAGAUGCACUCAUUCGGGACGCCAUCAGUUGGCCCCAUUGUCGAUGCUUUUUUGUCAGGAGCUCCGCUAGGAAAUCGACUCGCUGACCGUGAGACGAGUGCCAAGAUUGCCCGACUACAAAGUGAGGUGGCUGAACUUGAUAUGGAGCUCGGGGUGGAGGAUAAGAGAAACCAACUCUCCAUCCAACAUGCAAAACAGAUCCAAGAACAGUACCUAGGUAUGGUGGCCAACCUUAUCUUCUCGACGGAACAAGAUAUCAACCUUGAAGAUGCUAAAAAUCUCUUCAAUGAACUCUCUCGUAUCCGUGAGGACACUAGACAUCGGCUUCCUCAGUUGCAUCAUAGCUACAAAGACAUAACCGGUGGUGUAAGCGUGAUUCAAAACAUGCUACCAUCAAGUGGUCCACUAAAGAGCUUGAAGACUAUUCCUUCAUCAGGGCACUCAAUGCAGGCUUACCAUCUUCCCCAAAACCAUAUGCCUUCUGCUCCAAUAACAUCACCACCAGAACACAAUGUGGAACCACUUUUUCCUCAGGUACCACAAAUGUGCCAUGUUGCAUCAGUAGCUUCAGCCUCACAGCUUGCUCCCGGGCUACAAGCCAUACCUAAUCAGGUACAGGAUCUGCCUCCAACGGAUUUGCAUGUCGAGGACUAUAUAAGCCCUUGCGACACAGUGCACCCACAACAAAACUAUGCAAGCCUUAUCUCAACAACUGAGCAUAAUAUGGAAGCCUCUCCAAUGUUGGUCUACCCAAGUAGCAAUGAUUUUGUUGUGGAUGACCCAUUUGGCCAUGAUCAAUGGGGUUUUGCUCUACCAGAUCAGCAAUUCUACAAUAGAUUUCUGGAAAUGGAUGGUUACUUGGACUAUAACUGUACCGAUGUAGGACAAUCUUCUAUGGGUAAUGGUGGAUGGGUUGAUGCUCCGCCGGAAUCUUCUUGUGGCAAGCAAGAUGUUGAUGGUCGUAACAAGUAUGGAGGACUUCCUUAG